AACUAUAGAGGAUUUUUUAGCAAUAAAACUAUGGAGGAUUUUUUAGCAUUUAAAUAUAUAAAAGAUUUUUUUAGCAUCAAAGCUAUCGAGGAUUUUUUAGCACAUAAAAGAUUUUUAGCAUUUAAGCUAUCGAGGAUUUUUUAUCAUUAA